GACAGAGCGAGAGGGCGUCGUUAUAGUUACCGUACACGAGUUCUGUUUUGUUCCUGCUCGAAGCUAAUGUUGUCCCCGAAGUGCUAAUCUCAAACAUGGACGAUAAACUUCAACCUGGCGAUGGCGAGUAUGUAAAAAAUGCUGCAAAGUCUGGUAGAAGAGCACGCCAUGGGGGUAAAUCAUCAGACGAGCAACGACAUAAGAAGUCGUCUUUUACUUCACUUGGUGAGGGGUCGCCUCCUAAACCCCCAAGACGUCAAGGAGGGUGGGCUGAAGAAACCAGUGCAACAAACUCCUCUGCUUCUGGCAAAAGACAAGUCAUCGACGAAGUGGAGGACCAUCGCCUUAGGCCACAAACGCCCCAGGAGUCCGACAGCGACGGAGACAUCCCCGUGAUCCCCGAUUUGGACGAGGCGCUGGAGGAGGAUCUCGGCAUGCAGGUGGCGGCCCCCCCGCGGCUCCAAGUGAACCGAGUAAUGACGUUCAGGGACCUCGACACGGACCUGAUGAAACACUCGGCCUUUCAGUCCCUGGGCGGGGAGAUCGACCUGAAGCUGCUCACGGAGGUGCUGGCCCCCGAGCAGGAGGUUCGGGAGGAGGACGUGGGAUGGGACUGGGAUCACCUGCUAACCGAGGUGUCCUCCGAACUGCGCACGGAGCUGGACCUAGGAGAGAGACAGGACAUGUCGCCCGUGCCUGUUGCAUAAGAAACUGUUAUAUUAUAUUGUUUAACUAAUGUGUGCCUCUGACUGAGACGGGCAAUUGUUAUAUUAUUAUAUUAUUACACCGAGACAGACUCCAAGUUACGCUAAUGUGUGCCUCUGACUGAGACGGACACUAAAUUGGGACAUUUUAUAUCAUAUUAUAUCUGGGCAAUAACUCAAUAAUAUUCAAUGCGCGCUUCUGCUAGUAUGUUGACAGGACUGAAGCUCUAAAUAUCAGUCUGUGGACUAACCUCUGUACUUUUUAUUACUGAAAUAAAGAAAUAUACAGAAA